CCCCGCCGGUACCGGCACCGGCACCUCAGCACCCACCCGCCGCCCGCCCGGCCCGGCAGGACCCAAGCCGUCAGCACUGCCGGUACUGCCCUGCUGCUCGAUCCAGCCCGCUGGUACCGCCCCCGUAAGACCCGGUCCAACAGUCCCGGUCAGCCGCUCAGUCCCGGUCCGCUGGAGCCACCGAACCGGCCAUGCUGGCCUCAUGGCCCCGGUGGAGCAGGACGCGCUGGCCGUGCAGGAGCAGCUCUUCCACCAGAGGGUCCGCGAGUGGAUCAUCUGCACCCUGCUCUUCGCCGGCCUCUACAUCCUCUGCCACUUCAUCAUAACCCACUUCAAGAAGCACACGGACUUUGCAGCAGCAGACGAUGACGAGGACGCAGCUGUCAACAGAAUUGCGUUGGGGCUCUGCACCUUCACCCUGGCCGUGGCCUUGGGUGCCGUCCUCCUCCUGCCCUUCUCCAUCAUCAGUAACGAGGUCCUGCUCUCCUUCCCCCACAGCUACUACAUCCAGUGGCUGAACGGGUCCCUCGUCCACGGCCUCUGGAACUUGGUUUUCCUCUUCUCCAAUCUGUCCCUCGUCUUCCUCAUGCCCUUUGCCUACUUCUUCACCGAGUCAGAAGGUUUUGCAGGCUCCAAGAAGGGAAUCAUGGCCAGGGUGUACGAGACCUCGGUGGUGCUGCUGCUGCUGACACUGCUGGUGCUGGGCAUGGUCUGGGUGGCCUCUGCCAUCCUUGGGGACAACCCAAGCCGCCAGUCCCUCUACGACCUCUGGGAGUGCCACCUGCCCUACCUCUACUCCUGCAUCUCACUCCUGGGCACGCUGCUUCUGCUCCUCUGCACCCCCUUUGGCCUCUCCACCAUGUUCAGUGUCACGGGGAAGCUGCUGGUGAAACCCCGGCUCCUGGAAGACCUGGAUGAGCAGUUGAGCUGUUCCAGGCUGGAGGAAGCCACCGUGUCCCGUAGGAUCAUCUCUGGCAAAGCUUCCUGCUGGCUGGACUUGAACGUGGAGCUGCUGCAGGAGCAAUUCUACACCAUCCGGAGCCAGAGGCGGAAGCUCGAGCUGCGGCACCGAGCAUCACCCUGGCAGAGGAACCUGGGCUACCCCCUGGCCAUGCUGGGGCUCCUGGCACUGACCGGCAUCUCCGUGCUCAUCGUCUGCUUCCACGUCCUGGAGCUGCUGCUGGAUGAUGCGGCCAUGCCAAGGGGCAUCCAGCAGGUCGCCUCCCUGGGCCAGGUCUCCUUCUCCAUCUUCGGCUCCUUUGGAGCUGCCCUGCAGGUCGUCCUCAUCUUCUACCUGAUGCUCUCCUCCAUCGUGGGCUUCUACAGCUCCCCCCUCUUCACCCGUCUGCUCCCCGAGUGGCAGGACACCCCCCUCACCAAGAUCAUCGGGAACUGUGUCUCCUUGCUGGUGCUCAGCUCAGCCCUCCCCAUCUUCUCCCGGACACUGGGGAUCACCCGUUUCGACCUCCUGGGGGACUUUGGUCGCUUCAACUGGUUGGGGAAUUUCUCCCUGGUGUUCCUGUACAACAUGGGCUUUGCGGGGCUCACCACCCUCUGCCUGGUCAGGAAGGUGUCCUGGGCCCUGCAGGCCGAGCUGCUCCGUCCCUUGGGUCUGCACAAGCUGCAGCUGACGUGUGCCCGGACCCCCAGACGCCCCUGCUAGGGCUGGGGGACAGGGACAUGACCCCCCCCGCUCUGCCACCACCGUGACCCCCCCAGGGUGAGGCCACCCCCUGCAGAGCUUCAGGGAUGGUGGGGCCACCAGGGAGAACUGAGCCCCUCCUGGGGUCCCUGCUGUUGCACUACUGAGCUUUGACCUCCAGCUGUGGCCCCCCCACACCCCCCCCCACGGGCAUGGGGGUCCCUGGGGGCUGUGCUGGCUGCAGCCCCCCCUCCUCAACCCCCCAUUUACAUACCUCAGGGGAGAGCAGCUGAGUCCCCUUGUUUCCCCCCCCCCUCAGAUGCUCCAUGGGAUGUAGCUGGGGUUUAAGGUGUCCCCCAUCCCAGGGACUGUCCUGACACCAGCGGGGGUCCUGAGCCCCCUCCCCCCCUGCAGCCACUCCACACCCUGUCCCCAGGUCACCUCAGGGCUGAGGGGGGGCACUGGCUGUCCCUUACCCCAAAGCUUUUAGGAUCCCCAAGGUGGAGGAGCUGGGGGGUCCCAGGGUGCUGGGGAUGAUUCCCCCCCCCCAGGGGCUCGGGGUCUGUCUGGUCUCUGUUACCACAAAACUUCUUUGGAGCAAUAAAAAAAGUCUUUUUAAUAUA